GCAUAGGAAUGAUUUACGAGUUGGCCUCUUUCUUUGCUUGGCAGGCGUAUCUGAGCUGCAGGAGCGCACGCUGAUCGCAGUGAAGCCGGAUGGAGUCCAGAGGAGGUUGGUGGGAGACGUCAUCCAACGUUUCGAGAAACGGGGAUUUAAACUGGUGGGGCUCAAGUUACUCCAGGCCACCGAAGGGAUCCUGGCUGAACAUUACCACGAGCUGCGCCGGAAGCCGUUUUACCACGAUUUGCUUCAGUACAUGACUUCUGGGCCUGUCGUUGCCAUGGUGUGGGAAGGUUACAACGUUGUCAAGACUUCCAGGGCCAUGGUGGGAGAGACCAACCCGGCUGAAGCCAAGCCAGGCACUGUCCGCGGUGAUUUCAGUGUCCAUGUUAGCAGGUACAAGAUGAGUGGUGAUCAAGAGCCCAAGAUAUCUGAUUGGGGGCUUCUGUGUUCAAAUAAGAGCUAGUUUGGUGUCCUCAUUAAGGCACCAGGCUAGAA